AUGCCUAAAUCUAAGGAGAAGACGAGGAAGCGACUAUCACAGUAUCACACCUUUGACCAUGCUGUGGAGCUAUUGAAGAACGCCAAGAACAUUGUUGUCCUUACAGGAGCAGGCAUUUCGACAUCACUCGACAUACCUGAUUUUCGUUCAGCAGGUGGAUUUUAUAAGGAGUUCUUCUCUCUCGACUUCUUCAAAGCACAGUCAGAAUCGUUUUGGGAUAAUGUCAAACCACUUCUGCCACAAUACGUCCAGGCCAAAGACGGCACCUACCAGUAUGUUGCUGGUAAAUAUUCUGACAAGAACUCCUCAGUUCCGAGAUUCAGUAAAACUCACGCCUUUCUAAGCCUCCUACACUCGAACGACAAGCUCCUCACGAAUUACACGCAGAAUAUCGACAACCUCGAGUUUGCUGCUGGUGUGCGAGCUGAUAAGAUCGUGAAGUGCCAUGGCUCCUGGGAUACCGCAACGUGUCUAAGCUGUAGAAAGACGAUUUCUGCAAGAAAAUACCUGCCCAUUGUGUGGGAAAGUGGCUAUCCGAGGUGCAGCUGUGCAGGCAAAGACAUACCUAAAAAGAAGAUUCCCAAGACCAAGCCAAAGAAGAGAAAGAGGGCAAUCUACGAAGGCGACUCCGAUCACGAUUCUGAUGACGGCACAACUAUGCCUAGGGGACUCUUCAAACCCGAUAUCACCUUCUUCGGAGAAGGGUUGCCGCAGUAUUAUGUACCACGACUGGAACAAGACAAAGUCAAUGCCGAUCUGGUUCUUGUGAUGGGUACAUCUUUGAAAGUUCGACCUGUUCGAACUAUGGUGGUAGACUUCCCUCCUCACAUUCCGCAGCUGUGGAUCAAUAAAACUCGCUUCAAUGGUUAUGAAUCCGACAUGCCGGGCGUCUCGUUCGACAUUGAGCUUAUAGGCGAAUGUGAUGUUGUGGUUGAAGAAUUAUGCAAACGAGCUGGAUUGCCCCUGCACAAAUUUACAUGGAUUGGUGAUCGAGAAGGCGAAAACAAGACGAGUGCUACCAGAAUACGAGACACAACACCUACGGAGCAUUCUCGCCUUGCUGAAGUUACUUACAACAAGGAUGAAAGCGAUGUCCUGACAAAGCUUACUGUUCGCGAUAAAGCAGAUGACUAUCCUGCUGUCACUUCAGUAUCAGGACCGCUGCUCGCAGUGUCACGUGCAGAAGCAGGUAGUGUGAGUGCUUCUUCAAGUGCCAGCAGUACCAAGCUUUCUAGUAUUUUCGACCAACCAGAACGGCCAGAUAUACGUAUCGAAGCCGAUCUAGACGCUGCAUGGCGUUGGAGAUUCACCAAGAAGAGGACUUUGUCGACGAACUCGAGUGUAACUGGACUCUGA